AUUAUACAUUAUCAUUAUCAUUAUCCCCCACAAAAAAGGAAAAAGAAAACGCGGGAAACAAAAUGUUGUGUUUGCGUAGUAAGCUCAUUCUCUCCCCAUUUUCUUUCAGGACUUUCAUCGAACACCUUCCAUACAACAAACCUAAAUCCUUAAAUUUCACUCUAAACACCCGCAAAUCUCUAAACACUGCUGCAUCCGUCAAAUCUUCUCACUUUGAAACCCUUAAUCCUCAUCAAAAACACCAAAUUUCACUCUAUGUUGAUGCUCUUAUUCAAUGGAAUCAGAAGAUGAAUUUGACUGCUGUUACGGAGCGGAGUGAAGUGAUGGAAAGACAUAUUGAAGAUUCGCUUGCGAUUCUCCCGCCUAUAAACGAGUCUUACACUUCACAUUGUGAUUCUUCUUGUGAAAGUAUUAAGCUUGUUGAUGUUGGAACCGGUGCUGGGCUUCCGGGUUUGAUAUUAGCUAUUGCUUGCCCAGGUUGGAAGGUAACACUUCUAGAGUCUAUGAACAAGCGUUGCUUAUUCUUGGAGCAUGCUAUUGAUGUAACCGGUGUGUCCAACGUGCAAGUUGUCCGUGACAGAGCUGAGAAUUUUGGACAAACAUUAGAGUUCAGAGAGUCCUUUGAUAUAGCUGUUGCUAGGGCUGUUGCAGAACUGAGGGUUCUAGCUGAGUACUGUAUCCCUUUGGUUCGCAAGGGUGGUCUCUUUGUAGCUGCUAAGGGUCACGAUCCUCAGGAGGAAAUUAGAAAUGCUGAAAGAGCAAUGAAUUUGCUGGGUGCCUCUCUUUUGCAUCAGCAUUUAGUGGAGUCACACGGCCCUUUUGGACAGAGAACUGCUAUAGUUUGUUUCAAAGACCGUCUUACCUCGAGAAAGUAUCCUCGCUCUCCAGGUACACCAGCAAAAAUGCCAUUAUGAGUGAACCAGAUGAAUGACUGCUAUUUGUUUGUUGCUACUAACUCUGCCGGCAUGCCUCUGCAUUGUAAAACGUGGAACUUUAUGUUUAUCCAUAUUGCAUCAUGUAUGGUAGAUAAUAUAUAGUCUUUGCUGUACAAAAAUGUUGGCAAGGAUUGAUGUAUCAUAACUCAAAUACCAGAAAUAGAAUUGGUUUGAUUUGGUAUUGGUAAGUUCUUGACGUUGCAAACA